AAUGCAACUGAGAGUCUAGGGCUAAUAGAGCCCUAGAUCAACCAAAAAGUGCUCAAAUUAACACUGUAAAGUGUGUGUAUUGAAUCUUAUCGGGUUUUGUAUUGCUUGUAAAUGUCAUUCUAGAAUGCGUAUAGAAGCCUACAGCUAAACUAUUCUUUGCUACGGUAGUUUACAUCACAUGCAGCGCGCAGACAGUAAAAACAACCCACAGGAUAACCCUACCCGCACAGCCAGAGAAGACCGAAAAAAUGGAAAGCAAAAAACAUACCACAGAAAACCAGAAUUUGACCCAAAAGAUAAAAAAUAGGGAGCUCAGAAUCGUGAAAAACAGGGCACGAGUUAAAUCAAAUGUAUGGGAUCAUUUUGGAGUAAUCGUUAACGCUGACAAACAACAUGUGGAUGGAUUCGCAGCAUGCAAAAAGUGCAAGCGGGUGUUAGCUUAUGACAGCCAUAGAACAGGCACUUCCAGCUUGAAAAAACACAUUGAGAAAUGCACGUCGUUGAAGUACAGCAAAAGAGAAGCUGCAAUAAAGGAAGAGAAGACGCAGUCCAAGAAGAGCACACGUGAGGAUGAGGAGCCACACCCUAAACGAGGGAUGUCAAAGCAAGAACCCAAUACUUCAGAGGUAGCCUUGACAGAAGGUGGAGCUCCAGAGCAGUUUGAGUUUCAGUAUGGACUUGAGGGACCAGCAUUUGAGAAUGGGGAGUCCUCCAAGAGCCAUCUUUCCAUCAUCAAAGUAGAACAACUGGACUCCCUCCUCCCAGACCAAACAGGUGUGUGGGGGAGUUGGGACUACAGUGAAUACUCCAGCUGUGGUUCAGGGUCACCUGAGGAUUCGGGGCCUCCUGGCUCAUCUGGUUCUGGGUCCAAUACUAGUCUGGCUUCACAGUUUUUCAAGAAGUGCCACCAGGCAGGCUGCACACAAUUCAUCUUCUCGGAGUUCGCCUCCCGCCUCAGCAUCAUCACUGAGAGGAUUGCAUCCCAGCAGGCCAGCGAGGAAGAUUUCAACCUCACCCUGAAAGUGCUGGAGGCCUCUGGGAUGCUGCCAGAGAUCUUUACCAAAAGAGAUCAAGAAAUGGAGAAGAGACUGAGGGAGCUACAGAGAGAGACUGUAGCGGUGAGGACUGCCAGGUCUGCCAUGAGAGAUGCUUGCGCCAUGAGCUUCACCUCAUCAUGACGGAGCACCGCUGAAGAUCAAAGCAGUUUUAUAAAGGUGUUUAUAACCAGGGCCUGGGUUUUCUGACAACUUGACUGAACUAGGAAGGUAUAGGACUUGGAGUUUUCCCUGGUCCAAUCCCAUCGUCAGGAAAAACAGGCCCUCCUUUUAACCAAAAUGUAAAUAUUUCAAACCUUUUGUAUUUGACAUAUUUUUCUACCCAUGUUCAAACUUAAACUCUGAUAUUUGACUCUGAUAUUUGAAUGCAGUUUUUCACCCUGGCCACUAACUUGAGUGGCAUGUUAUACCUUAUAAUCUUUUGACAGACAUUGGUUCUGAGGUUAUUGGUGAUGUUUUGAUGUUAGGUGAUCCUUAGUCUACCCCUCUGUACUGUAUGUUAUAUGCUCACUAACCCUUAACAGACCAACUAUAUCCUAAUAUACUGAAUGUGCAAAUUAGUCAACUUUUUUGACGGUUACUAUGUCCACUAGUACUAUAAGAUAAAUUAUUUAAAAUACACUAAUAUUGUAUACUUGAGUGUGAAGUUGAGACCUGUGAUGUUCUGAGAAUGAAUUAAAUGUAUGUAAAUGGAUUGUGAUUAUUUCAGAUUAAAAAAUGUCCUGAACAUGA